AUUAAAAUAAAUGAGUCUUCUAAGGGAGAAAACAUGGGUUAGUCCUAGAGUUGUGGACCAAAUACACCUCUAAUUUUUGUGAAAGGGUUUAAUAGUGUCAGUGUGUAUUAAUCAUGGUUAUCAAAAUUGGAUUAAAUUAAUCGAUUCAACUGAAAAAUAAUUCUUAUAUAAUUUGAUAGACCUGUAUAAUCGUCCUACAAUAAUAAGGUAAGAAUGUCACCCUUUGUUCAUUUUCUGACAAGUCAAAGGAUGAACACAAACACAUGCAAAUGCAAUGCAGCGUAACAAAUGAUGACGCCAACCAAAAGAGUAUGAUUCGAUGAGAAGAGAUCACAAAACGCUAACAAAACUCGUAGCAGAUGGCUUCUACAAAGAAGCACUCUCCCUCUUCUCUUCUUCUUCUUCCCACACCCUUCACUCCUUCACAUUCCCCACUCUCUUCAAAGCAUGCACCAACCUCAAUUCCCUCUCCCACACCCAAACCCUCCAUGCCCAUCUCCUCAAAACCGGUUUCCACUCCGACCCCUACGCUUCCUCCGCCCUCACCGCCGCCUAUGCCGCCAAUCCUCGCCGUCUCCUCGACGCGCUCAAGGUGUUCGACGAAAUGCCCCAACCACACGUCGCUUCUCUCAACGCCGCGCUUUCCGGCUUCUCGCGAAACGGGCGUCCGGGAGAGGCUUUUAGGCUGUUUCGGCGAGUUGGGUUGGGCCCCUUGAGGCCCGACUCGGUCACGAUCGCGUGCAUGGUCAGUGUUCCUCACGUGGGUUUCGACCACGUUGCGCUGAUGCAUUGCUGCGGGGUGAAGUUAGGGGUUGGAUUUGAUGUCUAUGUUGCCACCUCGCUUGUCACUGCGUAUUCCAAGUGUGGAGAGUUAGUUUCCGCGACUAGGGUGUUUGAGGAGUUGUCUGUGAAGAGUGUGGUGAGUUACAACGCUUUCAUUUCGGGUUUGUUGCAGAAUGGGGUUCCUCGUUUGGCGUUGGAUGUGUUUAAGGAGAUGACGAGGGAGGAGUGUUUGGAGUGUAAAGUCACUUCAGUGACGUUGGUGUCUGUCCUUUCUGCGUGUGGUAGUGUACCAAGUGUUCGUUUUGGGAGGCAGGUCCAUGGACUGCUUGUGAAACUUGAAGCGGGUGAUGGGGUUAUGGUGGUGACUGCACUCGUGGAUAUGUAUUCAAAGUGUGGUUUUUGGAGUUCUGCUUUUGAUGUUUUCAUUGGUGUGGAUGGGGAUAAGAGGAACUUGAUCACUUGGAACUCCAUGAUUGCGGGAAUGAUGUUGAACAAAGAGAGUGAGAGAGCUGUUGACAUGUUUCGGAGGCUGGAAUCUGAAGGGUUGAAGCCUGAUUCCGCUACUUGGAAUUCCAUGAUCAAUGGGUUUGCACAACAAGGGGUGUGUGGGGAAGCUUUUAAGUACUUUAGGGAAAUGCAGUCUUCUGGUGUGCCUCCUUGUUUGAAAAUUAUUACUAGCCUUUUGUCAGCGUGCGCGGAUUCGUGUGUGUUGAGACAUGGAAAAGAGAUACAUGGGUAUGCUAUAAGAACUUACAUCAAUAGGGAUGACUUUUUGGCGACUGCUCUGGUUGACAUGUACAUGAAAUGUGGGCAUGCUUCUUGGGCGCGAGGAGUUUUUGACCAGUUUUAUGCAAAACCUGAUGAUCCAGCAUUUUGGAAUGCAAUGAUAGGGGGGUAUGGAAGAAACGGAGACAAUGAGUCUGCCUUUAAAAUCUUUGAUGAAAUGCUGGAAGAAAUGGUUCGACCAAACAGUGCAACAUUUGUUAGUGUUUUAUCUGCUUGCAGCCACACGGGUCAGGUUGACAGAGGAUUACAUGUUUUCAGAAUGAUGAGAAGAGAGUAUGGCUUGCAGCCAAAGCCUGAGCAUUUUGGCUGCAUGGUUGAUCUUUUAGGUCGGUCUGGUCGGUUGGGUGAGGCCCAAGACCUGGUGCAGGAAUUAGCAGAGCCUCCUCCUUCUGUUUUUUCUUCUUUACUUGGUGCAUGUAGGUGUUACCUAGAUUCCAAUCUUGGGGAAGAAAUGGCCAUGAAGCUUCUAGAUUUAGAACCAGAAAACCCAGCUCCUCUGGUGGUCUUGUCUAACAUAUAUGCUGGGCUGGGAAGAUGGAAGGAAGUAGAAAGGAUAAGAGGGAUAAUCACAGAUAAGGGAUUGGACAAAUUCUCUGGCUUUAGCAUGAUAGAAGUUGCAUGAAAAAUAUUUGCAUAGAAUAACUUUAAAUGAGAAGUGUUUUCUCAGAUAACAUAAUAGUUUGUUACAUUUGAGUGUUUCAUCUAUUCAAACUUCCAUAAAUUAUCACUCAUUCAAUAUUGUCUUCACUGCUAAUCCGUAGUAAUCGUCAAAAUGGUAAGGAGGUUCGGUGACAAAACAAGAGAUUACGUCUCUCAGUGUAAUGACUCCAACUACUUCUUCCUGUCCAUCUUCGACAUAAAUCCUGUGAAUAGACUGAGAAGUUAGAGUAUGGAUCACGUCAUGCAGUGUCGAGUCAGGCUUGCAUGUGAUGGGCUGGGUAACUUUUCCAGUUUCCCGGGACGCAGAGGCAAUUUUGUUCAUGAAAUCCAUCACAGUCAACUUCCUGAGAGUCAAAAUAGAGGACAGAAAACACUUCAGUUAAGUUCAAGGUUUUUUUACUUCGUCUUACCUAAAAUUGGUGAAAAGCUCAGGCCUUAGCAGCAAGUAUCUGACGUCUCGAAUGCUCAAGUUUCCAACAAUUUUCUUCUUUUGCCCCUCUACUACAGGAAGACCACCUAUUUGAUUAUCCCUCAUCUGCUUGAAAGCUUCAAGAAUCAAUUCACUGCUCUGGAUGCUAAUAACCUGGACAGGAAGCAAAAUGAAGUUUUUAAACCUUCAAGCCAACGUAAGAUGAAAAUUUAAAACACCAAUCCUUGCCUCAUCAGUAGACAUAAAUGGAAGUCCCAGAUCAGAAAUACGCCUUUCUGUAAUGCUGUCAAACCAAUCUCUUCCUUUGCAUCCCUCGAGACCUUGGACAACUGCAGACUGAGUAAUGAAGUUUACAAUAUCAGGUUUACCUGGUUCUAUCACAGGUACAUUCCUCAGCCUAUACUUUGAGAGAAGCAGCAUGACAGUCAACAUAGCACUUUUUCUAGCAACUGGAACAAAAGGUGCCCAUCGAUAUGAUUUAAGUAUUGAUCGUACCUGAAACCAAAAAUCGACAUUAAUGUAUUUUCUUUUUAAUGUGGAGUUAAGGAAAGAAUUCAGCUGACCUAUAAUUGGAUUAUUUUCUUUUAUGUAAAAAAAAUCCCAAAUGGAUUAUGCAGGAAUACAGUCAUGGUUUUUCUGUGAGAUGGAUUUGAAUCAGGCUACAAGCACUACAAAAGCCAAAUAAAUAAAUAAAUAGCUAACCAGCCUAGCUUUGUUGGCACUGGCCUCCUUAUUAGUGAGAUAUCCUAAAUUAAAAAGAUUUCUUCCCAACCAAGGAAGAAAAAUGCUCAUACCAAGACACAAGGCUAGCAUCAGUUUAAAAGCCAAGAACAUGCACAGCUAACUCCAGAACCUCUGGCAUUGUCAUGCUUACCGUUGUGGACUUGAAGGGUUCUUCUUCCAGUAUUACUUUGUAAAAGUCCUUUCCCAGGUUAUCAGCAACUUGAGGUGCAUCUUGGGCCAUCAUUUUAUCUGCAGCAAGGCCACCUACCACUGCAGCACCUGCUGCAGCAGCUGUUAGCCCAGCAAUUGCAGCAGGCCCUGUCGCUCCCAAUGCUACUGCUCCCAAAGCGCCAACUGUUCCUGCCCCAACUCCGGCAGCUGUUGCUGUACCUGCUGAUAGGGCAGCUGCUGCAAGUUCUGCACUCUCCAGCACCCAGAGAAUGAUUGCUGAAUAAUCUAUGAUA